AUGGCCACGAUGGAGCAGCGUACCAAACAGCUAGAAUCUAUGUUGAAUGAGUUCUUUGCUCUAGAUGGCAACAACCCAAAGAGAAAAGAGAUAGAUAUGCACCUGACCAACUACAAGGCGCAAAAGGACUCUUAUGAACAUGUAAAAUACUACUUAACGCAUACCUCUAGUCAAUACGUCUAUUGGUUCUCAUUGUCGAUUUUGGAGGACAAGAUAACCAAGUCAUGGUCGACCCUGUCCAAUCAGGAGCAGAACGACACAAAGAUAUUCAUCUUUGAUCUCUAUCUCAACAACAAGACUCUACCACAAUACAUUACAAAGAAGCUUGGACAGGUCAUUGCAGACAUUGGUCGAAUUGACUUUUAUCAAAGCUCUCAUGAGUACAUCAUCAACAUAUCAAACUUGGUCAGGAACCCACAGACUAGCGUCAAGGGUAUCAAUCUGUUACAAUAUAUAUCUGAGGAGUUCAUGACCACUAAGGAGGUCUUGUCACAGCAGUCAAAGGAUCAACUCAAGAAGCUGUUGCUCGAGCAGGUGCCGACGAUCAUCGAUGUGCUCACCAAGUACCUCGAUCAACUCUUUGUCCAGAACGCCCACAAGAAGCUCAAGCAGGAGAACUCUCUACCAUUCCAAGUCGGCUCGCCCGACACCAACACAUACACAGGCAGCUUCAGCGUUGAGACCAAGAACCAGACCAAGGCAGUGUUUGAUGCAUUGCUAAGUUACUUCUCAUGGAUACCAUUGAAUGAAUUGUUGACUCCAUCAUUGUUGGAUACAUUGUUCAAGUAUCUGAGACUGGAGAAGAGUAGCAUCCCAGCACUCACAUGUCUGAACGAGAUACUGUCAAAGAAUUGUGUGCCAAAGGAGUUUGAAGAGUUCCUCGUGCGCAUCUUCCGUCAGAUAUACUCGCUGAUGACAGAUAUCACGACGGCCAACAACAUCUCGCAGCAGUACACGCCCGAGUUCAUCGAGAAGUUCACGCAGUUCAUCCAGUUGUUUGUGUCCAAUCACCUGAGACGCGUGGAGUCCAACCCCAACUUCCCCAUCACAGACUUCCUCGGUCUUUUCUUCCAAUACACAUUCAUGCAGCAGUCGGUCGAGGCGUUCAAGGUGUGCAUGGACAUAUGGAUGACGUUCCUCGAGUAUUUGCACUCGCAGACGAUCGAGCAGGGACUGCCCGGCCCCACCAAGUACACCGAUGGCAUGAUCCUGCUUCAGUUGGAGUUGGUCAAGCGUAUCCUCAACGCCUAUAACAACCAGUUGUCGCAGUUGGACGACAAUGAGGACAUUGACAACGACAUGGAGACCAUCCUCUCGCCACGCGCCCAGUUCAUCAAAGACUGCAUUGAGACCAUCACCAAGAUCACUGAGAUCUAUCCAAACAAAGGAUUGGAGAGUCUGUAUCCUUUGUUCUCUCAGAAUGUAACAGCAUUCUUUGGAAAGGCUGAGGAGAUGAUCUCACAGGGUAUGAUCGAUCAGAAUGAUACCAAGCUCAACCAGAUGGUACAGGACGUCACAACCAUUCUACAACUGUUUGCUGGUUUUUCGCAUCAGUUUGUAGCACUCUUUGUACAGACCUUUACCGCUGGCAACUUCAUCUUCCAAAAGAUGAUCGACAUGUGUAGAUUCCUCACCAUCAACACUACUCAUCGAUAUGGCGAGGAUUGGGAGAUGCUUCAAGUACAGAUACUGAGUACACUGCGAUCGUUUAGUUAUUGGUUGUCAGAGUAUGGAUCUCAGGUGCGAACAUCCCCUAACCAACAGCCAGACUUUGACACCCUCAUUCUGAGACUGAUCAACAUUAUCGUGCCAUUGUUUGAUCGCACUGUGCCCGAGAAGGUAUCCAUUGAGGCUGGACACCUGUUGACCUCCAUCGUCUCCAUUGCCAAGCCACUCAACCUCCUCAACCAGAUGGAUGCCGUCAUUGGCAACAUCCACAACAUCUGCACACCUCUACCGCCUGCCGUCCAAAGCAUUAUUUAUUCAGCCAUCUCCAACACCAUACUCAUACCACCAUCGAAUUUUGAUAUUAGGAGACCAAAGUACUCCCCAUUCAUCAAAGGAAUCACAUGUCAAUAUCUGGAGAUCCCUCAGAUACAGGGAUUCAUUGAUAACAAGCUGUUCAACAAGGAGGAGGUCAUUCAGAGAGUGCAGCGCGUGCUCAAGAUACUGGCCGCCAUCAUAAGGAUCUACGUUAGCAACGCGGACAUCCUAGAGUCGAUCCUUGACUUCUUCUUCACAUUGUUCGAGUCGCUAAAGUCCAAGGUUGGUGUGACAUUCACUCAACAAACCAUAACAACAUUCUUGGAGAUAUUGGGUGGCGACAACAUCAAGCAACUGCUGGUUGGUUCAAAUGAGACGGGCAAGGUCAUCAUUCGCAAGUUGAUCGAGAUUCUUACAUUUGUGAUUCAGACUUAUGGCCACUCAUUCGAAACAUUGCUCUCAUCGAUCAUCAACUUUGCCAUGGAGAAGAUCUACCCAGUGAUCAUUGAGUCAGACUCGCAGCUGAGGCCACUGUUCUUCACAUUGCUCUUCUCGAUUCUCGACAAUCAUUGGCGACAGUUCUUCCCAUCGACCACCACCAACUCAGCGGCCAAUGCGCUGAUGCUCGGUAACACUAGUAUCAGUAAUAGCAUGGUUAGCAACAACAACAAUAAUAAUAAUACAAACAACAACAACACCAACAACAAUAACGCCAACAACAAUAAUAACAACAACAACACAAACACAACAUCACAACAACAACUUAAUGCCAUCAUGGGUGCAUUCCAGACGACCUUCCAACAGAACGAUGUAAAUUUAUUCAAGCAGAACCUGGACUACUUUGAGAAGCUCAAUCACAAGCACAAGCUCUACGAGAGGAUCGCGAUGCAGGAACCAAUCUUUGGAUGCUCCUUUGUUGGUGUCUUCUUUGACGUGCUCAUCUCCAAAGUCCAAAGUGUCCAGGCUGAGGACAUCAUCAACACCAUCUACCACUUUGCCUCUGUCAACUUUAACAAGUUCUUCAAUGAGUUCUUUACAGCAUAUUUGUCACAAAAGGCCAACUUGACGAAUGAGCAAAAGAUGUCGAUUAGGACUCAGUUCAAGGAGGACAAGGAUCAUCCAACGUUCAACAGACAUAUGGCACAGUUUGUCAAUGACUUUGCUUAUUAUACAUACAUCAACAAUUAG